AUUAACAGUUUGGAUGUCUUGAAUAUGAUGUACAAGGGAAUACAUUAUCAUGGUUUCAAUACCAAGAGCUUGAAUUAAUGAAUUCAUGAUCUUGGUAUCACGAGCCUAAUAUCCCUCGAGUUCUAAGAACAGUCAUAGCGAGAUAGAACAGUAAUAGCGAGAUAGUUUAUGGUCAGUGGCUCCCUUGAAGAGGACACACCUAGAACCUAAGCCCUGUAAAGUUUUGAUCAAUGGAAUACAUAUGAGAGUUUUUGUAGAUAGGAGCUGGUGAAACUACUAGGGCUGGCAUUUCGGUUAGUUUGGUUAUAACCGAUAACUGAAAUGCCGGUUACCGGUUAACCGAUACAGGGAGAAAGGCUACCGUCAACCGACCGAGUGAAUGCUUCGGUUAGCCGGCAACCGACCGGUCGGUUACCGGUUAGUUGCUCGGUUAACCGGUUUGUUACUUUCAGUUUCCUCGCCCGCUCCCCCUACUUCUCCUCACUCUCACCCACCGCCAAUCUUUCCCCGCUGGCGAAGUUCCCCUGCCAGCUGCCAUGACCGGCUCUUAAACACUUCCCAAGGUUUUCUUCCCCUCUCUUCAAUUCGCCCGAAUCUUGCCGCCAUGGAGUCCAAAAUCUUGGAGAUCAACUUGAUCUCCGCCCAAGGCCUGAAGCCGCAGUCCGCCAAGCUCCUCCAAUUGCAGACCUACGACGUCGUCUGGAUCCACUCCGCCGCCAAGCUCCGCAUCCAGGUCGACCGCGUCGGCGGGGCCAAACCCAUUUUCCUCUCCAACGACACCUCGGGGGUCUCCGUCGAGAUCUACGCCGUCGGCUGCCUCCGCGACUCCCUCGUCGGCACCGUCCGCUUCCUCAUCAGCAACCUCUCCCUCUCCUCUCCCCCGGCGGACACCCCUUCCUUCACCGUCCUCCAGAUCCGCCGCCCUUCGGGGAGGUGCUACGGCGUGCUCAACAUCGGCGCAUCCGUCAUUGAUGCCGCCGAUUUCACUGCCUGGAAGGGGGAAUCGGUGAUCGGGUUACCGUCGAGAAGAGGAGUGGUGGCGCCGACGGGCCGUUGCAUGGCGGACUGGCGGUUGCUGGGUCGCGACUCGCGAGCAAAGGAGUGAAGGGAGAAGGGAGAAUGGGGCGGUGACGGUGUAGAGCGGCGCCAGCGUCGCCCUUCAGGGACGGAGAGGGAGAAGGGAGGAGAAUGGCAGUCGGCACUCGGCAACACUCGACAGAGAAGGAGAAGAGUGCCUUCGAUAAUUCGAUUAGGGUUAGGACAGGGGAAGAGGGUCGAACAGGGGAAGUCGGGAAGAGGAGGGUCGAUUAUCAGAAGAACGGCGCCGUUUCUCACUUGCCGGUUAGCUGGCCGGUUAGGCGGUUAACCGCCGGUUACAACCGUCGGUUAGCCGGUUAACCACCGGUUACAACCGUCGGUUAGCCGGUUAACCAGCACAGUAGAACCUGCUACCGACAACCGCCCGACGCCUUAAUUUUCGGUUAACCGGUAACCGGCGGUUAUCGGUUUAACCAGUCGGUUAACUGAUAACCGCUAACCGAACGGCCAGCCCUAGAAACUACGCUGGAGUCACAAGGGAAUGAGAGUCUCGUAUAGGGACGGAGGAGAUAGAAGAGAAUGAGAGUUUGAAAUAAGAUUGCUUGAUGAAUAAUGAACUGAGGGCAAAAAA